UAAAAAAAGCUUUAAGUAUUAGUAAAGGUAUUAUUUUAUUAAUAAUAAUAAAAAAGGGGUUAUUAAUUAAAAUAAGCUAUUUUAAGGAAUUAUCUACUUUAAGAAUUAUAUAUUAUAAUUUAAAUAUAGGAUUUUAA